AAAAUUGAAUGUAAUUGCAGUUUCAGUUUCAGUUAUUUUAUUAUUUGUCUCUGCUCUUUCACAACGUUUGUAAUUUCGUCAAAAUUUCUGGAUUGGAAUAGGCAAUUUUGUCAACUUUAUAUUAUAGUACCAUCAAAUUCAUAAGUUUAGUGAGGGAAAUCCAACACAACGUUGGUACACGUAAAGAUCAUAGGCAGCAUAUCGAUCGAUUUAGCUCACUUUCCAUAAACCAUGACCAAUUAUGGAGGCAGCCGUCAGCUGAGCACACGCAGCUCCGACAUUGACGCCCUGGCCCAGCGUGGCUAUAAUAUUGGCCACAAGAUCGGUGAAGGGUCCUAUGCGACUGUGAUCACCGCCGGCUAUGCGGACGAGAGCGGUCAUGGUGUCAAUCUGGCCUGUAAGAUCAUCGAUAAAGCCAAGGCCCCCACCGACUUUGUGCACAAGUUUUUUCCACGGGAACUGGAGAUCUUGACGAAACUGGAUCAUCCCAAUAUAAUACAGAUACACAGCAUCUUACAGCGUGGUCCGAAAAUCUUCAUAUUUAUGCGUUACGCCGAAAAGGGCGAUCUAUUGACGCACAUCAAGAAGUCGGGUCCGAUUGAUGAAAAGCAAUCAAAGGUCUGGUUCUUUCAGAUGGCGAAAGCCCUAAAGUAUCUGCACACUCAUGACAUUGCGCAUCGUGAUCUUAAGUGCGAGAAUAUUUUGCUUUCCAAGCGCCUCAAUGUCAAAUUAGCCGACUUUGGGUUCGCGCGCUAUUGUCGAGACGAGACCGGACAUCAAUUGAAAUCGGAGACAUAUUGCGGCUCGGCCGCAUAUGCCGCACCGGAGGUUGUCUGUGGAGUGCCAUACGAUCCAAAGUUGGCCGAUGCCUGGUCCCUGGGUGUCAUAUUGUUUAUAAUGAUGAAUGCCAAGAUGCCAUUCGAUGAUAGCAACCUGACCAAACUGCUGGAAGAUCAACGCGGCAAGAAGUUCGCGUUUCGCCGGAAGCUACAGGAUGUCAUUUCGCCGCACGCCAAGGCUACAGUGUCUGUCCUGUUGGAGCCAGAUGCAGCGACGCGCUGGGAUCUGCGGGAAAUACUCAAUUGCAGCUGGCUGGUCUCUGUGGAGGAUCCGCGACCGUCGGCGUCCACUUAAAUGAAAGUAUGGUCAUUAUAUUUUGAAUUGGAAACAGAGCUUCAUAAGUAUUCAUCAGAUAGUCAGGUGUGAGCUAUUCCAUUUCCAACUAUGUGUACAUAUGUGUAUAUAUAUGUGUAUGUAUUAUAUAUAUAUAUAUAUAUAUAUGUAUAUGUAUCUAUAUAUAUUCAUAGUUAGUUGAAUUGUAAGGUAUACCCUACACUACUUACACUAAAUGAGGAAUAAAUUAAAAAUUGUCAAGCGU